AAAUUAUCAAAGGGGGUGAUUCACCCUCAGCCUGACACUGAGAGGACCAUCCCCCUUUCAAAGAUGGGAGAUGUAAACUCCUGAGCUGUCACAACAACAGCACAUGAGCUCAUUUGUCUGCAGGCGCACCCACGGUGUUAGCCGGGCUGGAGCUGAUUCACAAAAUCCUCAGUCGUGUUGGUCUUCAGCGGCACAGCAGCCUCCUCCUCCUCUGCCACGGAGACCUUGGACACAUCUGCUUCAGCACCUCGGACAGCGACCUCGCCGAUAGGCUGGAGCCCGUUGGCUGCCAAUGGCUUCAGCGGCGCGGCUGUGACAGAGACGACCAGCAGCAGCAGGAGCAGCAUCCCCGGCGGCAGCCAAUGAGAAGCCGCUGUUUCUCUCCCACAUCCAACCCGAAUAACUGCAGAUGCCCGCAUCAAAGCAACGGCUAUCUCUCUCUCUCUCUCUCUCUCUCUCUCUCUCUCUCUCUCUCUUUCUCUCUCUCUGGCAGGUUUACAUAGCUGAUGGUAAAAGCUGCAAUCUAUUUUUGGAAAUCAUAGUAGCCAUUUUUUUCUUGGUAUUCACCGCCAUUGUGUUGAUCAAGGUUUUCAGACCGAUACGUGCUGUUUUAUUUAGGCUAUGUCUAGGGGGGAGUUUGUCCGAGCUCGCCAGUGUAUUAACGGAACAUUAGUGGCCGUGACCGUAUAGAUUUUCGGUUCUCAAUGGAAGACAUCUUCCCACUCGCUGCGAGCGAAGGACUGAAGCACAUUUCGCAUCUCCUUUGCUUCUGUGUUCCCACCGACGAGCGGGGGACUUUUUACAAAUGAAGAUUUGAAAGAGGCAGAAACAGCAGCAGCAGCAGUAGCAGCAGCCACGGACACAAACCUGUCGGCCUGGCGUUUACAUCUUAUCAGGGACCGAUCCGUUUUCACACCCUGGACCUCGGGCAGCUUGUGGAUACCGAGCAGAACGGCUGGAAAGCGAGUUUACAUUUUGACCACAUUUGCUCGGCGGCAAGGGGGUCAGGGUGUGAUACAUGGAUUUCAAAAGAAGAGGCGAUUAAUUUGAAGGUUUGACUUACUCCAAAAGUGAGACACUUCUUAAAGCUCUUUGUCUAGACCGAUCAAAGAGCUUCCCCCCCACCGCUCCCCACUCCACCUCUCCUGUGUCCCUCUGCUGACCUUCACCAGGCAUCAUGGGUACGGUGCUGUCGCUGUCUCCCAGCUACCGAAAGGCGGCGCUGUUUGAGGAUGGCCCGGCUACAGUGGGCCACUACACAGCGGUCCAGAACAGCAAGAACGCCAAGGAUGCUGCCGCUGCAGCCGCAAAAUCCCUCAAACGGCCGUCCAUCAUCAGCGUGUUGCCAUGGAAACGGAUUGUGGCUGUAUCAGCAAAGAGGAAGGGGUCCAAAAAGCUGCAGUCAGACGGCGGGGACGGUGGGAAAGGGAGCUCUCCGGACGGUCACGCCACUGCCACAGCCAAUUCAGCCUCCAACAGCCUGAAGCUGAAGAAGUCUCAGUCCUGCGCUAACCUUUCAUCUUACACUUCCAGCCAAGACCCCUCAGCCACCACUACCACUACCUCCUCCCACCUGCCCACCUCCAAGACCCUGGCUAACGUAGCUACCGUCGCUGCCAAAAAGAAUUCCCUCACAGGCUCUGGGAUCCAGCCGUCUACUGCAGCAGGCACGCCGAAACGUGUCAUUGUCCAGGCCUCCACCAGUGAACUGAUGCGCAGCCUGGGUGAGUUCCUGUGCCGCCGGUGUUAUCGACUGAAGCGUCUGUCCCCAACAGAUCCGGUGCUGUGGUUGCGCAGCGUGGACCGCUCCCUCCUCCUACAGGGCUGGCAGGAUCAGGGCUUCAUCACUCCCGCCAAUGUGGUCUUCCUGUACAUGCUGUGCCGUGACGUGGUCUCAGCCGAGGUGGCCUCGGAGCGCGAGCUGCAAGCCUCGUUGCUCACCUGCCUCUACCUUUCCUACUCCUACAUGGGCAACGAGAUCUCCUACCCGCUGAAGCCCUUCCUGGUCGAGGCGGAGAAGGAAGCCUUCUGGGACCGCUGCCUGGAGAUCAUCAACCGCAUGAGUGGCAAGAUGCUCCAGAUCAACACCGACCCCCACUUCUUUACCCAGGUGUUUGCUGACCUGAAGAACGAGAGCAAGAAAGAAGAGGAGAAGACCAAACUCCUCAUAGGCCUUGACCGAUAAGAGGAAGCUGGAAGGGGGGUGUGGGUGGUUGGAUAGAAAGAUUGAUGGAGUUAAUAGGUUGGAGAGGGUAGGAAUAACAUAAUGCAUUGUAGCGCUACCUUGGAGCAGUACUGUUGUCUGGCGUCUCUACUGGUUUAUGAUUAACUAAAUUUCCUGUUUGUACCCCAGAACAAAGAGCCUCUGGGAACGAGCCUGGUGUUUAAAUGAUUUUAGUCAGGCAAUGAGCCACCUAAACACCGACAGGCUUUCAAACAAAUCAGCAGUGUCUUGUCUGAAGGCAGCAAUUGGCCCACAGAGCCAUUUCACCAAAACAAAGCCGAUAAAAUCAGGGUUGUUGUGGUGCUGGCCACAUUGUGACUUGAUUGGAUCUGACAGGUUACUUAUUGGUAUUCAGUGUCCGGGUUGCUUGGCUCAGGAUGUGACAAUAACAAGCUUUAAGACUGAGAUAUGAUCUUUAGUAUUUCAAGAACAAUGUAACUGACAACACAGAUAGGGAAAGCCAUAUUUUAUCAAAUGCCUGGCCAGCACGGUUCAUGAUAUGACAUUAACAGGAAGUGAGAAAGAGAUAUCUAUCGGUUUUAUCUUCUGGCUUUGGCCCACAGACACACAUCUGUCUGACCUGUACCUUGUUUCAGUGAGAUAAGAAGGUAAAUCUAUUGAAGUAUUUUUCUGUCUUUUGAUAAUAAUAAUAAAUGAAAAAAAGAUUGGGUUUAGAAACGCCAGACAACACAUUUACAUAAAUAAGGGUGAAUAUUAUUAUAAAUAUAAAGAUACAGGAUAUUGAUAUUGUGUGAUAGCAUCCAGGCAUUUUCGCUAUAGAGAAAUGUCAGGGUAAUGAAAAACAAGAACCACGCUGCAUGAGGUCACCUCAUAUGUCCUUGCACAUGACCACCUGCUUAUUGCCAACUCCAUUUUACCUUAUUCCUAUUGUCCUGCCCGAGCUUAUUGCACUCACCAACAUUGGCUGCAAGGUCCACUGUUGAGACUUACAGCGCAUUAACCAAUACCAUAACAUGGAUGAGCCAGAAUCAACCACAACACAACCAGUUGGACCGUGAAAUUUACGUCCCAGUUACUGUAGUGGAUUAGCUGAUCCGCAUCUUACAUAAAGUACUGUACUUUUAAGGGAAUAUUUGGGUUUAUCCAGCCAAAUCUAUGAAUUGGGAGAUCAGUUAUUUAUUUUAGUAUGAAAUGCUAAUCCUUUGGGCACAGAUUAAUAAUCAUGAAACAAGCCCUACUGUGAGCUGUUUACAUCCACAAAAAACAUGGGAAAAUGCAAUACUGACCCCUCUAGGGCAUAUUUUACUCAAGGAAUUAUUUCAUUCCUUCCUGCUCCCCUGCACUUUGUCCUGCAGUCCAUAUUGGUGCUGUCCUGAAUGACCACAGGAAAGUGUUUAAUUGAAAGAAAGAAAGAAAGAAAGAAAGAAAGAAAGAAAGAAAGAAAGAAAGAAAGAAAGAAAGAAAGAAAGAUUCCUGUUUUAAAACACUGCACUCAUGUUGUGUGCUUCAUACUGUAUGAAUGAUUGGUGGAGCCGGCUCGUGGAGGACAUGUUCAGAGACUGGAUCAUGUGAUCUGUCUCAAACAAUGGCUACAAACACCAGAAUCAAAGAGAAUGUGAUAUUCCAGGCGUGUGAGGGCGGGGGCAGACGCUACAAGUGCAGAUGUGACUUUUCUUCCACAACAACUCUUUGAUGUUGCUGUCGCCACUCGAAGGCUUGAGGGACUGCUGUUUAAAGUGUCAACCCCCGUCCUCUCUAAUUUUACCCCUCACUGAUUACUCUCCACAUCAACCCGGACAAAUUAAAACACCACAGAUUCUCCAUCCACUCCAGUCCGGUCUGAACCGGUCCUGUCCUGCCUCUCUGGUGCGGUCCAGUCCAGUCAUCCCAUAUGUAGAGACUCUCUGGUCCGCUGACCUGACGGCUUACUUAUUCACUGACUUAUUUGAUAUGCAUGUGUGCUUCUAUAGCUUUCCUAGCAUGCUGCUUUGUGUUGGGCACACCGCACCACAUGUUACAGAAGAGACUCAGCAUUCGCCAUGCUGAACUGCUGAAAGCUAGACUCAGUGAUGUGACAUCCACUCAGCAAAAGGACUCUUUAAUGAAGGACAUGCGUGAAGGCCAGAUGUAUCCAUACCUCUUCUGUGUAAACAUUGAACAUAAAGGCAAGUUCAACUAUUGGUCCUUAAUCAAGUUUGCCACUAUUCUUGAUUCCAUGGUGCUUAGGGGUCUAAAGACCUCUAAAUGACUAAAUAGUUCUCCCUCAGAUCUAAGUAACAGCUUAGAUAGGUUUCAGAAAACUCCAAAACCCCUGCAAGACUUUGGGUCAAUUGGAGAGAAUACUAAAGGGGUAUUCCAACAAUUUAUCAGUGCACUUCCAUAAGGUUGGCAGACUCAGACAGAUCAAAAACAGAAUGGUCAAAAUCAAAGCAUUUCCCAUAAUGCAGCUGGAUAGCAUCUGUCAUUAGACACCCCCCACUUCCUAGAUGCUCUCUUCUUUCAAACCACACUCCUCCAGUUUGUAAUGCAGCAUUUUAUUUACAUAUAACCCCAAUGACAUCAUCAGGGUUAUUGUUUCUAACUUUCAAAAGCUUCUCCAGAGCGACAGAAGACAUUAUACACUUGCUAUCACAGGUCGGGUAAUACUCCUCAUUCACCACGAACUGACCUACAGGUGUAACAUGGUGGAAUGCCUCUUUAAGUACAGUUAUAAGGAGUUAACUGAGGCAGGAAAUUGAGAUACAGAUGCUCCACAUGUUCCCUCCUUGCUUUGAUGAUGUCACAUCACCAAGUCUAACCGUAGCCAAACAGACUGUCUUCAAUUUUAGAAAAGCUCCGCCUUCUCAAACAGGGCAGAGAUCUUGUGCCAUAUCAUUGUAAAGACUUGUUAUUUCAUAUAAAAAAACAAAAAAAACAACAAAACACAGAGAAACAUGAGCCAACUCAAAGUCUCUGACUGUGGAACAAGAAAGACUUUAAAGGAAUUUCAUGAAUAAGCUUUUUCACAGUGUUGCUAUAUCAGGUAUCAGACAUGUAGAGCAGAAAAGAGGGACUUUGCUUAAGAGAGAUUUUAAUACACAGGGAAGUUUUAUGUGCCACUUGUAGGCCCAAAUUGGAGUCAUCAAAAGCAGGAGAACCAAGCAUUUUCUUCUUGAAUUUACAGUUUUAGAAUACAUGUUUGGCAUUCACUGUGAUAUGAUUUAAAAAUAAUCAAAAUCUCCAAAUGUCAAAAUAAUGUGGGGAAUGGGAUUUUAAAAAUUUAACAAACAAACUUAACAAAACAGAAUGCCAUGCCUGUUUCCAGACUGGGUGUCUCUACGAUACAGGUGAUUUAACUCUGGUGUUGUUUUGUGUUCAUAUGAUAACCAACUGGGCUGCAGGAAGUGCCAUGCUGUAAAAAAAGAAAAAAAAAGAAAAGAAAAAUGUAGCCUUGAUCCAGAGUCAGACCUCAUGAGACAAAUAUGCACAUGAAGAAUGAAUCCAUGGCAAACAAGCUUGUUUACAUGUCCCCCCUCCUUAGCUGUUUCUGAUGGGUUGAACAGUGGACAUGGCAUUCCCAAGACGACUGUUGAAUAAUCUUUGUUUUCUUAAUUUGUUGUACUUAAAGAGCCAACCUGUAUAUUUGGUGGGAUCUAUAUCACUACAAGCUGCUAACGAAUUCUCAUUUCCUUGACAAGACAUUUGGUGAACUGAGAUAAGUUACAGUAGCCAUGUUUCUACCAAUGUGUUUUUCUGCACAUUUUGAAGUGUUGCAUUAGAAAAGGUUGAUGGCCAACUACUAUUAACUGACAAAGAUUAAUAACAUGUUGCCCAGCUGAACAAAAUUCCUGAAGCCCUUUCUUCAUUUUUCUCUUAUAGAUGGCCAAGGCGACUGUUUCAGUUUCUUCAUCUUUGAGGUUUUUCAGUGGUUGGUAAACAACUCAUGUUUGCGGUUCGCGAACUCUGCUCCUGCUACUCUGUUUAUUGCGGCAACGAGUAGUCUAUACCGCCACCUUUGUGACACAGGCUAGUGUAGUGGCUCCAAACCAGUUGAUGGAAACAUGCGUAAUUCACUUUUUUUUUUCUUUUUUAAAAUUUUGCAACAUUUCAAAAGUUUGCUUCAAAUUUGCUUGACAAUUAUAUGGAAACAUGGCUACUGAUGAACCUAAAUUUAUGGGAACUAAAUUCAAGAACUGUUACUUGUUGAUUCCAUGGUGCAAAUCUCAAGAUUUAAUUGAACAUUUGCUAAUCCAAAUCACCUUUAGUUACCACCAUUAGGCUUUUUGUUUUCGCACCAAACAUUAUGCUGUUUAAACUGGUCAUGAUGGCAGAUUUGCAAUCAAAUUAAUUGUAAUAUUUGAAACAGUGGGUCCUUGAUCAGCUUCUCUUUUCUAGCCGGGCGCUAUCGACGUUGCCGGUUGAAAUGACAGCUGUUGCUAGGAGAUUUUACCAGCUGUAGCUAACUACUUGAGCUAAUGGUAGCUCAGUGAGUUGGUUGAAAAUGCUGUCUUCUGCUGACAUUUUAUUGCUUAUCUUACUUGUUUUAAAAUGAUGUGAAAGGGCUCUUAAAUAUGCACUUGAUGACUACAUACAUGAUAUCCUACUAAAAGAUUGAAGCUAAAGCUGUGUGUCCCAGCUAAAAAGUUAGCUUUCUCACCAGCCGAAAAUAUGAAAAUAGAGAAACAGUAUUGUUCUUAUAUUGCAGUGUAAAGCUACUUAGUCCUAACAUUGUAAUUAUGAUUAAGAAAAAUGUGAGGUCAGAUUGUUUUUUUCAUUUCACCAUUAACGUUAACCUCCCCAAAUUCAACAAGUGGGAGGGCAGAGCUGUGCACAUAAGCCUAAACUGUGAUAGCAUCAAGAUUCAUCUUCCACACAGUGGCGAAACACUACACAGUUGAUGCGAGUUGUUAAGGGGGCUUUUUUAAUGUAACAUGUAACCCCACACAUUAAUAUAUGUGCUCCUUGCCCCUGGAAGUAAUGCACAGUUACUACCGUAGGUAGUAAGCAAGAGCAGAUAAACACACUGUUUAAUCCAAUUCUUACACUUUUGCUGUCGUCUUUCAAGGUUUUAGAAAAACAAAGAAGAUGUCACUUGAAAUGCCAUGUAUUCUUACUUCUUACUACAGCCUCAACAUGUGGAGAAAUAUUUGGUUUAACAGGCCCUUCCGUGCGUAGCUUUGGUUGCUAAUCCAGACUGAAUUGUCACAGCACGGGGGAGGGGUUUAGAGGACUGUCAAUUGUACCGUUCCUCUUAAAUUCAAAUCUGAUGCCCUAUUUUUGAGAAAACACACCCCCACACACUCAGUAUUAUAGUAUUAUACAUUAGUCAUUCAGUAUCAUAUAGAUAUGUCAGAUGACAGCUUUUGACAGAUGGGAGGAGAUAUGGUGUAUUUCUCUGUAAAACAAAAAAAAAACCGAUGAGCAAAUGUCCCUCAACAUUUUUCACUAUUUUUUGCUUCCACCUGCUUCAGUCCUUCCAGCUGUGCAGGGACGAUAAAAAAAAGAGACAAGGAAGCAAGAAAAGGAAAGAUGUCCUCUGAAUGAACCUUUAUCUAGAAUUAGAGAGAGAAGUAUUGGUUGACUACACCCCUCCUAUACAUCCUCUCAUCAUUGAUCAACUCAUUACUAUGUGCCAUAUUUUAUCUUGCAACACGUACAAGACAAAAACUAUCGUGUAACAUAUGAAGCUUAUGAUAAUGAUGAUGAAGUUAUUACAGUUUUCCUUUUCAUUUGUGAAUCAUAUUGUGUAAACAAGAAUCUUUGUUGAACAAAAGUCAAGGCUACUAGUGUUACUAGAGUGCUGAUGCUGCAGUCUGUUAUUAUGUGGAUGUAUGAAUAUGUAUGUGAGAAAUAAGAAUAAUUUGAUCAACUGUUACAGGUACUUUAUAUAAAAACCUUUACAAGCA